AUCGGCUCAGCCUAUGUUUCCCCCCUCUUUCGUUUAGUAUUUCGACUAAUAACACUAGUUCUUGUUGUUAUCUAUUUAAGGACCUGACCGCAGCUGAAACCUCAUUGCCAUUGUUAGACAGACCGGUCUGGAAAUCGAAAACCUGUUUGUGUUCAUCUGAGCUUUGCAGGGACAUGGGUGGGAGGAAUGUUGGAGUUGCUGUGGACUUCUCCUCCUGCAGCAAAGCGGCUCUGCGAUGGGCAUCAACCAACCUUACCAGGAGGGGUGAUCAACUCGUGCUUAUCCAUGUCAACAACUCCUACCAGAAUGAGCAAGGAGCGAUGCAUCUCUGGGAACAGAGUGGUUCACCGCUCAUCCCUCUGGUAGAGUUCUCGGACCCCCAUGUCACCAAGAAGUACGGCCUGUCACCGGACAAGGAGACGCUGGAGAUCCUGGCCCAAGUGGCGCAUCAGAGCGGGGUUGAGGUCUUUGUGAAGAUAUUCUAUGGCGACCCGACCAAGAAGCUGUGCGAGGCAGUUGAUCUGGUUCCUCUCGGCUGCCUGGUCAUCGGAAGCAGAGGUCUGAGCACGCUCAAGAGGGCUCUGAUGGGGAGCGUGAGCACCUACGUUGUGAACCACGCGGCCUGCCCGGUCACGGUCGUGAAGGAGAACAUGUAGCUGCAGCUUGCUACCGAUGUAUGAUGAUACAUACAAGAAGAUAAUACCGUCUGCAAGAACAGUAGUAGUAGCAAAGCAACGUGUAACCAGUAACAAUAACAUGACAAAAAAAGUGUGCUCGGACGGUGGUGUGUUAAGGGCCGAGUGUGCUUUGUACUUCGCUUCUAGUAACAGAUACUCCCUCCGUCCUAAAAUUCUUGUCUUAGAUUUGUCUAGAUAUGAAUAUCAAGUAUUUAGAUACAUUUAUUUCUAGAUAAACCUAAUACAAGAAUUUUAAGACGGAGAAAGUAUUAUAUUUUAUAGCAGUACCGUGGAAUUGGACUCUGAAAACUAUUUGGAAGUUAUGAUGAAAUUACAUGAAAUGUCCCUAAAAAGCUUGUGAUGAAA